GAUUGAAUGGGAGGAAGUGGUUCUAACUUCCCCAGGAAAGAGGGAGAGGAAACAUGUGGGUUUGGACAGCUCAGUCAGGCAUUACUGGGCCUACAACUACAAGACUAAUGAUUGACGAGAGCUAGGCUGGGCAGAAAGACAGAUAGAGGGAGAGGAAAAAAAGAGAAAGACUGACUUCCAAGACCACAGAGCUGGGCUGGGGAAAAAGAAAGGUAAAGAGAGAGAGUGACUUCCAAGACCACAGAGCUGGGCUGGGGAAAAAGAAAGGUAAAGAGAGAGACCGACUUCCAGGACCACAGAGCUGGGCUGGGGAAAAAGAAAGGUAAAGAGAGAGUGACUUCCAAGACCACAGAGCUGGGCUGGGGAAAAAGAAAGGUAAAGAGAGAGACCGACUUCCAGGACCACAGAGCUGGGCUGGGGAAAAAGAAAGGUAAAGAGAGAGACUGACUUCCAGGAACACAGAGCUGGGCUGGGGAAAAAGAAAGGUAAAGAGAGAGAGUGACUUGGGAGAAAGACAUAGGGAGAGAGAGAGAAAGAAUCGAGAAAGAGAGUGCUUUCAAUUUCCAUUGUCCUCUUUUGGGAAGAGAAUAGUGAGAGAAAGAGGAGAAAAGAAGAAAGUGAUUUUUCCGGGAUUGGAUUCUGGGACAGGCGUGAUUUGGACGGUCUGAGAACUUUUGUGGGCUGGUACGGACUUGGUUGUGGGGUGGACAUGGGCCUGUUUCUGACGGGUCUAGGAUUACUGCUCUGCUGUUCCCUCUCCUCCCCUCAGAGACUGGCUCCCUCAGGGAGAAAUGUCUGCCAGGACCUCAGGGAUCCCUCCAAUCUUGUCUGUUGUACUGGAUGGAGGCAACAGGGAGAGGAGUGUACUAUACCUGUGUGUGAUGAUGAGCAGGCCUGCCAGCAGGAUGAGGUGUGUGUAUACCCGGGCGUCUGUCGCUGUCGGCCUGGCUACUAUGGAGCCCACUGCAAGACACGCUGCCCUCCAGAGUUCUGGGCACCGGACUGCCGUGAGAUGUGCAAGUGCCACCCUCACGGGCGAUGUGACCCGAUCACGGGCGAGUGCACAUGCCUCCCCAACCGCUGGGGGCCACUCUGCCAGAACGCCUGCAGAUGUGGCCGCCACGGGCACUGUCACCCUGUGCACGGCAACUGCACCUGCGACGAGGGCUGGUGGACGCCCACCUGUACCAAGCAGUGCCAGUGCUACCCAGGCACCUCCACCUGCGACCCACUGACCGGCAGGUGUCAGUGUGCCUCAGGGUACUGGGGUCAGAAGUGCAGCCUUCGCUGUAGCUGCUACAUGUCGUCAUGCCAACAGAAGACGGGGGCGUGCGAGUGCCAGAACAGGUGGUGGGGUCCGUCGUGUGAUCGCCACUGUAACUGUGACCUGGAGCACAGCGAGUGUAAUGCCGUCAGCGGGGAGUGUGUAUGUCAGCCUGGGUACAAGGGAGCCGUCUGUAAUGCGCCAUGUGGACCUGGGGAGUAUGGCAGUGGGUGUACACUGAGCUGUGGCCACUGUAAACGAGGCCAGUCGUGCUCUGUGGUUGACGGUGUCUGUACGGCCUGUGAGCCUGGGUGGAAUGGCACACGCUGUGACCGGCCGUGCAAGCGGGGUUACCAUGGAAAUGACUGCCAUGAGGCCUGCCCACGCUGCAGGAACGGUGAACCAUGCAACCCCAGGACGGGGGCGUGUUCACGAUGUGAUCCAGGAUGGACCGGACCCAGAUGUGACAAGCCAUGCUUUAACGGAACAUUCGGGGACGCCUGCCGCUUCCUGUGCAGCCCUUGUUUCCAUGGCCACUGUGAUCACGUGACAGGAAGUUGUGUCUGUGGGCCCGGGUUCCAGGGACAGAGUUGUAACAUCACCUGUCCAGACCAGCUGUAUGGCUUUAACUGUUCCUCUGUCUGUGACUGUGGAGAGGGCACCGCCUGUCACCCAGAAACGGGGGCGUGUCCAUACAGUGGUCACAGGGCUCUGAUCGCUGGUCUACUGGUGCCUCUGAUCUUGGUGCUGCUGGGUCUGGUCUGCUGCUGCUGCUGCUGUGGAGGACCUACUGACGGCAAAGACAGGGUAGCAGUGGGUGACGGUGGUACCUCUGUCCGUAUGAAGCAUCAUGUGUAUAACGUCCUGGCCAACGUGAGCUCUGCUGUACCCUGUAUCUCUGUCUGGUCCUCUGGGCUACCCAGAGUCACAGUGUCCCACCACGACCCUGAGCUGACAUUCAACCACAGUUUCAUAGAGCCUCCCUCCUCAGGCUGGGUGACGGACGGAUCCUCCUUCGACAGUGAUGAGGAGACCGGAGAGGCUCUCUACUGUGUCCCCCCCAGAGAAGACAUCCCUGCAGUGGCGGGCGGUGAGUUCCAGGAGUUCCAGCAUGAGAUGAGUUCUAAGUGUAACAUGUUCCCCGACCCCUCUGCCUUCAGCGUUAGUGCAGAAGACAUGUCCCUCCCCUUUGGCAUCCCCCGCACCUCCAGCAACGCCAAGUCCAAACGCCCCUCCGUCUCCUUCGCCGAAGGCACCAGGUUCAGCCCCAAGGAGCGCCGAGGCUCUGCCCAGGACCUGACUCCCGGGGCCCCCCGCACCAAACCUAAGUCCCCCUGGGGGGUCCUGAUGCUGUCAGCCCUCCAGGCCCAUGGAGGGAAGGCCUCAGAGGGGGAAGAGACGGAGACAGGUGAGAGGGGUGUGGAUGGAUGUGGAGGUGGGACUGGACCAUUGGAAGAACCAGGAUCCAGUGGUGAAGCAGGGGACCCUGAUGUGGACAGGUACACGGCCACCCCGUCCCAAGCCAUGUCUACCCUGCAGGUGCCUGGAGCAGUGGUAGGAAGAAGACGCACCAUAUCCAACGCUGCUGUUAACAGAAAGGGUGGGCAAACACCAGGGUCCACAUCCGAUGGCCAGAAGGCAGAGAUCGAUAAAGGGAUGGACAAGGUGACCACAGUGUACGUGACAGUGGGUAAGGCGGGGGUGGGGAGGCCCCUGUCUAAACUAGAGCUCCCCAGCUCGGAGGGCCCGAUACAGGCCAUGCUACGCAGGCUAGGCAGCCUCCAGAGACAUAAAGACCAGGAGGGGGGAACUAGGUCCAAGGGUAAGAUCCUGGGAGCGGAGGGAAUCACCAAGCCACCCAGGAGGAAGCUAGGGGCCAGGGCCAGUGUGUGGGAGCAGGGGGGUCACUCACCCUUGGGGGUGGAGGGUCCUGUAGGGGAAGGCGUACCUAUGAGGAAACCCAGUAGGAGGAAACAGCACGCCCACCACAGCUCGCCUGCUGUCAUGGGAAACACUGACGAUGGCACUAACACUCACCCCCCACCAGAGGGCGCCAAUGCCACCAUUACGCCUACGAGGCCCCUGUCCUCUAUUUUGAAAAGUGUGCCAGAGGUCGCUGGGUUAGAAGUCAUGGGUGAAAGGUCAGCGGUGAGGGGAGAGAAUGGUGACCCUGGGAUGCAUACUGAGACUGACAGUGGAUAUCUAACAGUCGGGCCAGCUGGAGUUGUAACCAACGCUGUUAGUCUGAGUGAAGUCAUCGCCAAUGACGGAGUAGUGGCCAGUGUGGACGAUGGAGCUAUCCUAUAUGAGAAUGUGAUGAUUAUGCAUUCCUAACUUCAGAUGCGAAUGACUGUGCUGCUCUAUCUCCUCUCACAAUCGAGGAUGUAGUUUGACUACUAAUGAAUGAGGAAUUUGGAAACUAGCUUAAUGUACUGAAGUUAACAGUUGAGUCUGACAUUAACUAACUUUACAAUAUUGAGUAUACCAUUUUAUGAAUUACAAUAUGUACAUGAUGGUUCUGUACAAUAUGUACUGUAUGUAUAUCAUACAACAAUAGGAUAAUGUUGAAAUCGCCUUACCAAAUAGUAAUCGACACUGUAACUGCCAUGUGUGAAACAACUAUACAAAUUAAAACAAAAAAUGCAUGCUCCGAUCUGUGCACGUUGGCUUGUCUGUCAUCACUAGGCUAAGCUGCUAACGUUCAAGCUAGCCAUCAAGCUAGAAAAGUUUGUCCCAGAUGAGUUUUGCAAUGGAGCCCCCUGUUUGUCUGGAGAAAUAAAUGAAUGGUUCCAGCACUGUAGGAGCUGUAUCUACUACCCUUUGUUUCAGGACAAACUGGAUCACUCGGAGUUCCAAUGCCACAAUUGUUUGCUUGUCGAGGAUUAUAGGCUUGAGGUGGCUUCCUUGAUCACGCAGGUCGCCAGCCUACGUAAGAAACGGGUGGAAAUGCAGAGUGGAAUGUUUACCAUUUAUACGCCGGUGCUGCACUGCGUUCGUCCAUGUUGGAUGCAUCUCUGUGUUGUCAUUUGUCGUUAUCCGACUGGCCGGAGUCGAAGGAGCACAGGAGCAUGGCAAUCAACGAUGGUCGCAUGUCAUGAGCUGUGGAAGCCGAAGACAGCGGCCUCCCGCAAUGCAAUCUACACUCCCUAUGAGAGGCCCGGAGCAGAUACAAACAACAAAUUGUUUUGCCGCCCUAGAGCCUGAUCUUCCUGCAUAUGCGGCCGCUGUUCCUCCUCCUACUCCUUCCCCUACGAUUUCAAAGUCGACUUUCGGCAACCUUCCAUCCCUGCUCUGGAUCAAGCGGGACCUCUUCAUCUGUCAGAGGCGUGCAUGCCUGUGAAGCGUGGGAGUGGGCGUAUUUCCUCGUCCUUCUCAUCAGCCAUGAUUUGGGCAGCUCCAUGGUAAGAACUGUUCCUGGUGCAAAAACAAUGUCCUAUUCCAGAGCUCGAGUAAAUGACAUUACUAAGCUGCUCCCUAAUGUACUACAUCAGGACAUGGAAAUCGACUCUAUCGUAGGUAAUGGGGGUGUUAAUGACGUUAUGAAGGGCAGCUCUGAUCAGUUGAAACUGGAUUUUAAAGCGCUGAUUGACUCUCUGCUAGACACAAAUAAAAGACCCAUCAUAUCUGGCACAGUGCCCUCUCUGAAUCGUGGCAUUGAACGCUUUAGCAGGAUUCUUUCUCUUCACAACCGGUUACGUGAUUAUUGCAAGCCAAUGGGUGUAAC